AUGGCACUUCAAGAUGUUACUGGAAAGUCUAUACCAGCCAUUGAAGUUUUCAGUAAAUCCAUUAAGGCCUUGGCAGAUAAUUUGUUUAAACUUGGAGUAACGCGUGGUUUCAAGUUCAAGAUGGAUGAUAUUAAGUGGGUUCUUACUGUACCAGCAAUUUGGUCAGAUGCUGCAAAGGAAUUUAUGAAAGAAAGUGCUACCAAGGCAGGUAUUCCAGUCCAUCAACUGUAUUUAGCUCUUGAACCUGAGGCAGCCUCUAUAUAUGGUCAGUAUUUUACAUCAAAUGAAGUCGAGAAAAGUGCAGUUGGAAAAUUUAUUGCCAAAACAGGCACAAAAUUUAUGGUUGCUGACCUAGGCGGAGUAACUCAGAUAUUACUAGUAGGUGGAUUCUCAGAGUGCAUACUAGUUCAAGAUGCAGUCCGUCGGUCAUUUGAAGAUUCGCAUAACAUAAAAGUCAUUGUUCCUAAGGAUGCAGGAAUGUCUGUGUUAAAAGGAGCCGUAUUAUUUGCUAAGCAAGUAUGUUAUGGUCAUAUUGGAUGCUUCAGUAAUGCCGCCCCUUUCUGGAACACUUUUGGUACGCUCCCGCUCUCUCCAGAACACAUUGGAACCACAUUCCAUCUGUAUACACGAGCCAAUCCAACCAACGGUCAACUUCUGGAUCCAAAUGGAACUGGAUCAACUGUAAAAUCGACACACUUCAAUGGUGCACACAGAACAGUGUUUAUCAUACAUGGUUUCCAUGGAGAAGAAGAUAAUAAUUGGAUUAAACUUAUGACAAGUGCCCUUGUAAAAUAUUUUAAUGUAAAUGUGAUCGUUGUGGUUUGGACAAAAGGAGCUUAUGAUGAUUACAACCAAGCUGUAGCAAACACUCGUGUUGUUGGUGCUAUUACUGCUAACAUGGUCAAACUGUUACACAGUUCCGGUGGUCUGACAUUGAACCAUGUACAUUUAGUUGGCCACAGUUUAGGUGCCCAUAUUGCAGGUUAUGUUGGUGAGAAAAUUCCAGGCAUAGGUAGAAUAACAGGUCUAGACCCUGCUGGUCCAGAAUUUAAUCGGGCGGAUCAUAAUGUAAGGUUGGACUCUUCAGAUGCCACAUUUGUCGAUGUCAUUCAUUCAGACGCAAGUAAAUAUGAUAUUCAAUAUAACAGUUUCAAUUGA